CCAUUUCUUUGACUCUUCUUGAUCUCAUAUUACCCAAAUUUUAAAAACUCUCCUUCUUUCUGCACCCCCCAUUCCUAAGCUCUCCCAUUGAUCACCGUUUGCUUAACAAAAUCAAGAAAAAUACUUUCUGUUUUUUUUGUUCCUUGUACCCAAAACAGAAACUACAACCAACCCAUCUCUCCAAGAAACCAGAGAUAAAGAAAAGAAAAGGAAAAAAGAAAAAGAAAAAGAAAAGAUUCUAUUUUUUUCCUUCUUACCCACACCCCAAAUAACAUCAAACAACAGCUAAAAAGAAACAAAGAAAUCAAAAAGAAAAUACCUCACCUGUCCUCUCCUUCCCUUUCCUUAUCAUCUUCUUCUUCCACACCCACAUUCAAUCUCCAUCGACAAAACAACCCAAACCCUAACCUAAUCUUUUUCCUUUUUGUAUCUUUUGCAAAUCAAGAAAGAUAAAAGCUGAAAAAGAAGCACAUUUUCACUCAAGAACAUGUCCCAAAUGAAACAAAUGUCUCAUCUAGACCACAUUCCAUCAACGCCAGGCAAAUUCAAGAUGGAAAAAUCUCCAUACCCGUAUAACAGAGUCAUCAGGUGGCAGUCUUCCUUAGCUAAACUGACAUUUUGGUCUUUUAUCUUUCUUGGUUUAAUUUUCCUCUUCUUUUAUCGAUCCCCUUCUUCUUCUUCUUCUUCACCAACUAAUCCUCUACCAUCCGAUCCAUCACGGCGUUCUCUCCGUACCUCAUGGGGCGGGUCAGCCUGGGAAAAACGGGUCAGGUCAUCUGCAAGAAUCCGUUCAAGAAAUGGAUUUUCAGUACUUGUAACUGGUGCAGCUGGGUUUGUUGGGACUCAUGUAUCUGCUGCUUUAAAACGCCGCGGUGAUGGUGUUUUGGGUCUUGAUAAUUUCAAUGAUUAUUAUGAUCCGUCUUUAAAACGUGCUCGCCAGGCGCUUCUUGAAAGAAGUGGUGUUUUUAUUGUGGAAGGUGAUAUAAAUGAUGUUGCUUUGUUAAAGAAAUUAUUUGAAGUUGUCCCAUUUACUCAUGUUAUGCAUUUAGCUGCUCAAGCUGGUGUUAGGUAUGCAAUGGAAAACCCUAGUUCUUAUGUGCAUAGUAAUAUUGCUGGUCUUGUUAGUUUACUAGAAGUUUGUAAAAAUGCAAAUCCACAACCUGCAAUUGUAUGGGCAUCUUCUAGUUCUGUUUAUGGACUUAAUACUAAAGUACCCUUUUCUGAGAAAGAUAAAACUGAUCAACCUGCUAGUUUGUAUGCUGCCACUAAAAAAGCUGGUGAAGAAAUUGCACAUACUUAUAAUCAUAUCUACGGUCUUUCCCUUACUGGGUUGAGAUUCUUUACUGUUUAUGGUCCUUGGGGUAGACCAGAUAUGGCUUAUUUCUUUUUCACUAGGGAUAUUUUGAAAGGGAAGAGUAUAUCCAUUUUUGAAGCAGCUAAUCAUGGUACUGUUGCUAGGGAUUUUACCUACAUUGAUGAUAUUGUAAAGGGUUGUUUGGGUGCUUUGGAUACUGCUGAGAAGAGUACUGGUAGUGGAGGGAAGAAGAAAGGACCAGCUCAAUUGAGGGUUUUCAACUUGGGAAAUACAUCUCCUGUGCCUGUUUCAGAUCUUGUCAGUAUUUUGGAAAGGCUUUUGAAGGUCAAAGCAAAGAGGAAUAUUAUGAAGCUGCCUAGGAAUGGGGAUGUUCAGUUUACACAUGCUAAUAUUAGUUUGGCGCAGAUGGAACUUGGGUAUAAACCCACUACAGAUUUGCAGACAGGCCUGAAGAAAUUUGUGCGGUGGUACCUUAGCUACUAUCAUGUAGGAGGAAAGAAGGCUGAUGCACGAUGAUUUGAUUCUUUCAAUUGUGUGGUCGGGUACUUUGAAAACAUUUCUUGUUCAUUAUGAUUCUUGUGAUUGUUCUUUCGUUAACAUUUCUAUGAUCGUUCAUUGCCCAAUUAUUGUCUUUUCAUAUAUGUUAAUUGAUGCUAUAUAAGGAGGAGUAUCAUGUCCUGUGUCCAAGAAGAUUUUUGUUGAGCUGUAUCAAAGAAAAACAGAACCUUCAUUUUCUUCUAUUUCUAUUUUUGAAAUAUGUAAUUGUUGUAGUUUUGGCAUUGUAGAAUUCAUGACUGGUAGAACAUAUGCUGAUUGUUGGGCAUGUAUUUUUUCCUGUGCAACUUCAAUAAAAUUGUACACGUUGAUUUGGCA